CUGAAAUCUCUGUGUCGUGUAUUUUCAGGGGCACUCAGGCAUAUACGCCCGCUUGUUCCCGUUCGUGCAGCUCGUUGCAUGGGUUGAGCAGACUGCCGUAGCAGCCCAGGCCGAGAUCGCCAAAAGCCCAGCGCAGACAAGACCCGGGGGGGGGCAGCCUGGCACUGCUGGCGCCGCUCGGCGGCGACCAUGGCACGACGCCAGAAACACAGGUGCACGCCGGUCGUGAUGCUGGCAGCCGCUGCUGCAGCAGGUUCCUUCACGGCAGGCGUGUUCUCCGCAAGUUUUGUGUCCACGCGAUCGCGGGUGGAAGUGCCAAGCGCGCGCGCCUCACAUGUUCAUGAUCGUCGAGUUGUGGCCAUGAACGCUGUGAAGAGGAUCAUCAGGAAGAAAGCAAAGCUUGCCGACAUCACAGAUGAUGACAUACAGAGCUUCUACGAGGAUGCCGCCGACGCGCCAGGGCUCGUCCUCCAGGCCGGGCGACCUGUCCGCGCGGUCGGCUCGAUGCCAUAUGGCGCGAGGGAGACCAUCAGCGGCGUUGGUGGCAACCCCAUCGGGAUCGAGCGCGAUCUGAUCACAAAGUUCUUCGGCGACGGCGACCAUUUCGGGAGUGGCGACCAUGCCGCCGCCUUCGAGACCCUGAAGGAGCAGAUGCGCAAUGGAGAGCCCAUUGUCGGCGAGGACGACGGCAAGGGCUGGAUAUGGCUGGUAGCCGACAACGACAGGGUGGAAAGCCUGUCCCUCGAGCUCCGGAAGUCCACGCCAGUAGGGCUGCGUCCACUCGUGGUUGCGAAGCAGGACGAUGUGGACGGAAUGUUUGACAAGCUGAACUGGAAGGUGGCGAGAAGGCCGCUGCACUUCGUGCCCCCAUUCUCGUGCCCCGAGUCAUCGGCAGAUACCUGGCAUACAGCCAGUGGCAACGGCUCUAGACUCCGACAUUGCAGGUUCACGGACCGUUCAUUGCAUCUCGUUUCACUGCACCGACCCGUUAUGCAUUGUUAGCAGGUGUCGUCCGAGCAGGUCGGGUGGGCGACAGGGCUUUGGAGUCGUCGUCACACUGUGCCAAAGAGCUGCCGGGGCACCGAGCACAGAUGUCGGCGCAGAUCAUGUUCAGGAUGUGCAAUUUUGGACAUCGCCUCCACAGGCGCGGCACGCGACACAGAAGGCUCCCUGUUCCAUCUGCAUCGCCCCGUUCGCGCCACUGGGGGAUUUCUAGGCAGCUUGUUUCUCGUGGAUGUUGCGGCGCCCCGCCAUAUUCUCGCUCAGCGACUCACAGUGCUAGUCACCAUGUGUGCAUACCC